UUUCUAAUAGAAGUGAUGUUGAAUCAUUAGAAACUCAAGUUCAAGCCCGAGGAUAUGUGAAUAUGCAUCCUCAUACUAAUCUUUAUACUCUUUUCAGUAAUAAUCCUGAUCAAAAUAUUAUUCAUGUACUUGUAGAACAAUUACCAGGAUCAGAAACACAAAUUAUUUAG